UAAACGGGACGGGGAAUGAGGGAGGCAUGUAUACUGGGCUCGCCUCGCCGUCGCCGCCGAGCUCCGUGGAAGUUGAAGGUCGCAGCCAAGGGAGAGGCUCCAGCUAUGCUCGAGGCGCCGCCGCCCGCCGUGGCAGGUGGGGAGGAACGAACUUGCCGCAGCGUCUUCCUGGAGUUCAUGACCAGGGUGGCUCGGUUCGGGGAGCUAGCUGAAUCCGGGAAGCGAUUGCUUGUCAGAUUCCAUCAGGAGCUAGAGUAUUUUCGAAGACCGCAGGUUCCCAAGGAAUCGAAUGUCAUGAGUGAGAUACUUAAAUCGAAUUGCACUGGCAGGAUGAGGUCAUAUCUUGAAGCUCGCUGUAGAGUUCAGUGCCGUAACAUCUCAAACAUAAAUCAGCUAUGUUCAUGUGAAGAUGGACUUAAAGAUCAUAUCAAUAAAGUUAAGACAUUGCUUGAAGAGCUUGAAUGUUUAGUCGAGGAUGUUUAUGGCAUUACACUAACUGCCAGUUUAAGUGCUUUGGAAGUUUCGGACAGUCCUUCCAUUGAUAACAAGCUGAAGAAUGAGCCUUGUUUUAUGGAGGAGAAGCAACAAGCAGACCAAUUGGACAGCGAUGUAUCGCUUGUUACAGUGAUGGUUAUCGUUCAUAAAAUGUUGAAGCUUGACUAUAUGAUGCAGGAAAAGAUUGUCAGUGCAUUAUCCCCUAAAACACCAUCAUCAGAGCUUGAAGGAUACUGCCUCAUGUGGGAUUUGCGCCCAUAUGUCGAUGACAACAUGAUGCAUCUUGCGUGGACAAUGUCUCCAUGAAACUUUG